UGUUUUGCUACAACUUUUAGUGUCUCUUUAACUGUGAAACAAACAUACAGACAGACAGACAAACAGCUACACAAUGACACAAAUGUCCGAUGAACAAUUUCGAAUAUUAAUCGAAACUAUACGUUCACUAGCACCCGAUUCCAAAGAGAACGAGGCAGAGGAGAAGAAAUCCAAAGGUAGUUUUGCCAACUGUCCCACAAGAUUUUCGGGUCAACGAGAUCACGAUGCUGUCGAAGUGUUUGUAGAUGCCGUCGAAACCUAUAAAGAAGUGGAACAAAUUUCCGAUAAAGAUGCCUUAAAAGGUAUAUCUUUGCUCUUCACCGGUUUAGCCAUUACCUGGUGGAAGGGUGUAAGGAGAGAGGCCAAAACCUGGGAGGAUGCUAUACGUUUACUGCGUGAACAUUUCUCACCCACCAAGCCAUCGUAUCAAAUAUAUUUGGAAAUAUUUGAACAGAAACAGGGUGAACGAGAAGCCAUCGAUACUUUCAUAUGUACUAAACGUGCCCUCUUAGCCAAAUUGCCAGAAGGUCGUCAUGACGAAGAAUGUGAAUUGGACUUUAUUUAUGGUCUAUUACAUCUGAAAUAUCGCCAACAGAUACCGCGUCAUGAAAUCAAAUCAUUUCGGGAUUUAUUGGAGAAGGGUCGUAAUAUAGAGAGACAUUAGAAUUAAAGCUAAAUUAAGUAAGUUUAAGUUAGAUUUAGGCAAUCUUGUAUAAAUAGUAAAAAUAAAAAACUUUUCUAGGUAAAUUAAAUAAAAUUUUAUAUAAAAAAAAAACAACAAAAAUGUUAAAAAACUCUUGUUCGGGUAGAAAAUGCUGUUCUGAAUCAACUAUUAUUUAAAGAGAAAAUUAAAUUAAAUUUUUCAACUUAGUUCAUACUCUUUCUAUGGGAAAAGACUUUUCUUAAAAUUAUUCGCUCAUUUAUUGUCUCUUAAAUGUAGAUCUAAGAGUUAGAAACAUUUUUGGACAAAUGUAUUGCGAUUGUAAUUAAUCUUUAAUGAGCUCAUCGUUGAAAGAAAAUGAUAAUAAUAAAAAUUAAUAUUAAUAUGAUAUAAAAA